AUGGUUUACACAGACGAUAAAGGCGUCCGACACAGCAUUUACAUGCCGAAGGGUACCAUGCAGCUGGCCUGCGACCACUAUGAAAAUAAGCGAUGGGACGAGCUUGCCAAGUUUGACAAAUACACAAACCAAGGUUACACCGAAUAUGACUUUGAGCUACAUGAACAGGAAGACUCUAAGAAGGAUGAAGAAACCGGGGAAACCAAGUAG